AUGCAUCUCACUCAGGUGGCUCUUGCAAGCAAGUCGGUGCCUCCCUUGCUUGACCCAGAUGUGGCAAGAGCAAUUGAAUUACUGGAGAAACUGCAAGAAUCGGGAGAAGUACCAGUGCACAAGCUACAGUCCCUAAAGAAAGUGCUGCAGAGUGAGUUUUGUACAGCUAUCAGAGAGGUGUAUCAAUACAUGCAUGAAACCAUAACUGUAAAUGGCUGCCCCGAGUUCCGAGCCAGGGCCACUGCAAAGGCCACAGUUGCUGCUUUUGCUGCGAGCGAAGGCCACUCACACCCACGAGUGGUCGAGCUACCAAAGACUGAUGAAGGCCUCGGCUUUAACGUGAUGGGAGGAAAAGAGCAAAAUUCUCCUAUUUACAUUUCUCGCAUCAUUCCUGGAGGAGUUGCAGAACGGCAUGGAGGUCUCAAACGGGGGGACCAGCUACUUUCUGUUAAUGGAGUGAGCGUGGAAGGAGAACACCAUGAGAAAGCCGUGGAGCUCCUGAAGGCAGCUAAGGAUAGUGUAAAGCUGGUGGUUCGCUACACUCCCAAAGUGCUGGAGGAGAUGGAGGCUCGUUUCGAAAAACUGAGAACUGCACGACGCCGGCAACAGCAGCAACUGCUGAUUCAGCAACAGCAGCAAAGCGCACAGCAAAAUCAUAUGUCGUAGGUUAUUCUCAA